GGAUACUAAAUAAACUAUUAAAUUUUUUUAAAUGUCAAAUUUAUCAAGAAAAACAAAAGGUUUACAAAAUAAUGAUAAUGAAAAUAAUGAAAUUACAUCGAUUAAUGAUUGUUAUAAAUUUUUAAAUAAUGGAUGCGAAUAUAACUCAAUCUUUGAAUCAAAUUUAGAAAUAAAGUUUGAAAAUAUUUCAAAAACAAGUUUAGAAUUGGAUGAAUUUUAUAUUAAAACUUCAAAAAAAGAAUUUAUAGAUAGAUUACCCAACUAUUACCCAAAAGAUUUAAUAGAUGAUGAUGUAAAUAAUGACAACGAUGAAGAUAGCGAUGAAGAUAACGAUAACGAUAAUGAUAACGAUAACGAUAACGAUAAAGAUAAAACUAUGGCCGAUAAUAAUACGGAAAUUGUAAAUGAUAAUAUGAAUAUUAAUUUUAAUAAUAGUAAUAGUAAUAGUAAUAAUGAACUUACAAUUGGUAAAAAAAGAACAAGGUUAUCUUUAUUAAAUGAAAGAUCAAUAAAUGAUAACUCACUUUUAGAAAAUGAAAGUAACAAUACAGAAGAUAAGAAAUUAAAAUUAGAUAUAAAUAAAAAACCAUCAUUUAGUAUCACGACACCCAUUACCAGCCUAAUUAAUAAUAAUAUUAAUAACCAAAAUGUGACCACAUCUUCAUUAAAAAAACCAUCUGUAACAAAAUCCUCCACAACAUCAAUUUUAGAUUCAUUAAAUAAUAGUAAUAUAGAUAAUAAAAUAUUGAAAACAAAUAUUUUAAAGUCAACUUCAACAUCAACAUCAACACCACAAAUAACAUCACCAGCACCAACAAUACUAGAUAGUAUUUUAAAACUUUCAAAUUCAAUUACAAACGACCUACCAACAAAUACUUUAUCACCUGUAUCAACCAAUAUUUUUUCAUUUAUUAACCAAGAGGUCGAAAAACAAAUUAAUGAAAAUUUCAAUAGAAAGUUAAUCGAGCUAAGAAAUCUACCAAGAUACUAUAAGAAAACUGAUAUUUUGGAUAUGUCAAUUCAAACUCCACUUUCAACAGAUCCAAUAUUGACCCAUAGGGAAACUGUAUUGGAACUUGGUAAAUGUCUGUACUUUGAGAAAAUACCCUCAAAUACGGAAAUUUCUAUAGCUAGAUCCUAUUUUGAUUGUGGCUCAUCUCUAAGCUAUUGGGAUAAAAAGUCAAUACCUCCUUUAAAAGAGGAUCCACAAGUUAAAGAAAUCAUCGAAAAAAGAAAUAUAGAUAUUGUAAUGUCAUCUUCAUCAUUUAUUAAAUUUAUAAACAACCAUUCACAAAACCAAUAUUCAGAAGAAUGGGAUAUUCCGAUAUUUUUAAAAGAAUUUAAUAUAACAAUACCAGAUAAUAAUACCUCAGGAGAAACCUCCUCUACAUCGACACCUUUACCAGAAUCUACAAAAGUAAUUAAAAAAAUAGUAUCAAUAAUUGAAAAACCAUUAUUAAAAAAAAGAAUAACAAAUAGAGAAAAAAAUGAAAAAUUUUUUAAUGUAGCAAUAGAAUCAUUAGGUUUAACAUUGGGUGAAAAAUCAACAUCCCAUCCAGCUAUUGACUUUACAAAAAAGAAAUAUAAAAUAAAUGAUCAACAACAACAACAACAGAAAUCUACAGAACAACAGCAAUCUACAGAACAACAGCAAUCUUCAGAACAGCCAAGUCAUUUAAAAAAAUCGAAUCUAACAUAUAAUAUAUGGGAGUUUGGAGGUAUGAAAAUAUUAAUUAGGUGUAAAAUUCAUGGUCAAAUUUCAGAUCCAAAUUAUAAGUUUAGAUAUAUCGGGUUAAAAACUAAAAUUGAAUAUAGACCAGAGAAAGGGUUAGAAGAAACAACUAUUUCGGACUCGUCCAAAUGGUGGGCUUAUACCUUUAUUAGACCAGAUGCUCACCUAUUACUUUCAAGGGUUAAUAUUUGGAACAAUAGAAUUUUAUCAAUAGAGAAAAAGGAUAUGGCUAAUAUAUUGAGUCCGAAAUCACAUUUUAAACCAGUAAAAUCUUCAAAAAUAACUUUAGAAAUUUUAAAAAAAAUUAAAUCACUUUCAAAUAAUAAUAAUAGUUUAAAUGAAAAAUAUUUUAUUUUAUCACACACACCAAAUGAUAAUUUUGUGUAUAUUUAUAAAUCAAUAGAGGAAAAAGAGGACGAUGUUUACGAUUUACAAAUUAAACACCCAAAUAUACCAACAAUAUUACAAGAGACUGUUCCCCCUCCAUUGGUGCCCAUUGCAAGUUUAAUUUCAAAACCACCCCCACAACAAUUUUUACAAAACCAAAAACAAUCACAAUCCCAGCCACCACCAUUUUGCUUUUCUUUUGCUGAAACUGGUGUGUGUAAUAAAGGUAUAAAAUGUAGUUUUGUCCAUUUAUCCAAAGAACAAUUAAAAGAAUAUGGAGUUUCUGUGGGUAAUACAAAAAAUACAAAAAAUAAAAAAAAUAAAAAGAAAAAUAAAAAGAAAAAAAAUGAUACAAAUAAGUCAAGUUAUAAUUCAAACAAUAAUGAUAAAUCAAAUAAUAACGAACCAAAAUCAGAUUUAUCAUAUAUUAACUCAUUAAUCGAGCAAUAGAGAAAAAAAAAAAUAAAAGUGUAGAUUUUUAAAUAUUAUUUUAUUUAUUUUUUAAAAUUAACAAAAUUCAUUUUAUG